AUGGCUUCUGAAUUCAUCGGCUACAAUGUCCUGGUAACCCUCCGAGCACCACCCGACGCUACUGUCCAAGGUGUGGUCGCAGAUGUCAUCGGCCAACGCUUGAUGCUUCGGAAUGCUACAUUGUCGUGGAUCGGUUAUCCACUCCCAACAUACUCAGUCGAAGCCCCAGACAUCGCGGACCUUUCCUUGGGACCGUCGGAUAGGCCGAACGCGCAAGCUCCGCAUGUUCUUCCGCAAGAGAAGCGGAGCGCCGGGCCUCCAUAUCCAGCCCAGCAGCCUUUCGUGGACCCUGCGAUCCUUAGCUUCUCGAAACCAUCCAACGAGGUCCGCGCGAGCGUACAACAUCAACCGAGCUUCACGGAAAGUGCAAGCGCUCGGCAGAUUCCCUCGUCGCACAGUACAUCUCAUCUGACACCCCACGCAGCGCCAGCUGCGCUGACCGAGCCGUUCAGUAACCUAGAGUUGAAUGUGGACGACAGGUCAACCCCUCAAGUGGAGGAGCUGCAAGGCCCGCGGUCACACCAGGUUGAGGAAUCUCCUAUCCCAGCUACCCGCUAUGGUACUACUCGUGGCCGCCGUGGGGGAAAACAGAAGGGUCCGAGUGUCUACAACGAGCAUAACGGAGCCCUCAAUACAAACCCCAAGAGCAAAGGAUGGCGCCAGACCGCGUUUGUCGAACCCUCUACACCUGGCCUACUGGACUCUCCGCAGGCAUAUAAAGAGACGGGCACACUCAAUGGCAAACGACGAAAGAAGAAGAGCAGAGGCUAUCCCGAACAAAUCAGUGGCUGGGCCACUGAAGAAGCAGCGGAUAUUCAGGAAAUGCCUGAAUUUGAUUUCGCAAGCAACCUCUCAAAAUUUGACAAGAGACGCGUAUUUGAAGAGAUCAGAAAUGACGACACUACCGCGGACGAAGAACGGUUGGUCAGCUUCAAUAGGAGGGUACCGAAGCCUGGGACGAAUGGUGGCCGGAACUUGCACUGGUCAGAAAACGUUCUCGAUGAUAGCCCCGAAGAGAGCGACAAUGCUGCCACCGACCAUGAACCCAGCGACGCCAAGCUCAGCAGCGGAACCUUUUCUGGACGCGACGCAUCAAAGCUCUCAGCCCGCGGCCGAGCGUCUCGCAAGGGGAGUGCAAUAUUUGGACAGCCCUUGGUUCCGGCACAACUCAAUACUGUUGGGCGUAACCAAUUGAGCAACUCCCGCACAAAAUCUAGUAGCCCGCUUGCUAAAACGCACGUUUCAGCAUCUCCUAUUACUGGACCUAGCACAUCGAGCGCCACAUUACGGCUUGCGACUACCAAUAGAAGCUGUCCAGCUGUCAGCCCUCUGCAGAUUCUCGAAGUUGAGCAGCUGGCAAUUGGUGAAGUUGGCUUGACUGAGGAUAUGAUUACGGAAAAUGCUGGGCGGAGCAUUGCCGAAGCCGCAGUUGGCCUUCUUGCUAGCGAUGCGGCUGCACCUACUAUUUUGGCACUCGUUGGCAAUCAUCGCACUGGAGCGAGGGUCAUCUCUUCUGCUCGCCAUCUGCGGAACCGAGGUCAUCGCGUGACAGUGUGCAUGCUCGGAGUGGAGCAGGAGGUUGAGCUGCUGGAGAGUUGUCGUAAGCAGGUUGACAUCUUCAAGAAGAUCGGAGGCCGUUUCCUUAGGUGGGAGGAGCUUUCUCCGAGACUUUCGACUUCUGAAUUCGCGCCCGACCUAGUCCUGGACGCGCUUCUCGGAAUACACCUUCCUUUCAACGAUCUACGAACCGAUGACCAAGCAACCGCAUUCGAAAUGAUAUCCUGGGUCAACCGAAGCGGUCUCGAUACCCUGUCUGUCGAUGUCCCGUCCGGUCUAUCCGCUACGACUGGAGAAGUAACCAUCGUCGAGAGCGGGCAAUUGCGCGUUAACUCCAAAUCAAUCGUUAGUCUUGGCGCGCCCAAGACCGGGCUUGUCAACGCCCUCCUCGCUGGCGAGGGCGCCUCCUGGAACCUCACUGUCGCAGACAUCGGAAUUCCCCAAAUAGCAUGGCGCAAGUUCGGCACUCGCCGACGGCAUGGAAUAGACUUCGGCAACCGCUGGGUGGUGUCGCUACGCUACCAGCCUUCCGUUGUCUAA